GUCUAAUUAUCUCAAUCUCAGUAGUGAUAUAUCAUAGACAUAUACACAUAGCGCUAUAGAGUGCCCAUACAUAAUAGACAAUCUGCAGGCUAGUAAGGAACUUCAAACUACGCUCAAAUACAACUCAGUAUAUAUACUUAAUAUAAAAACUUGUUAGAGUAAAGUAAUUUAAAUGUGUUUCAAACUCAUUUAGAUAAUAGUCUGUAAUCUCAGCACUUGGCAACAAUUUGCGUAAUUCUUUUGAACACAAUUGGCAUUCGAAUCAAAAUUAUACAAUUGGCAUAGAUAUACCCACAUAUAUAUAUGUGUAUAUAUAUAUAUAUCAUACAAGUAUAUUCGACAGUAAACACAAGCACAAAACUCGAACACCCAAAACCAAAACCCGUGCAAUUCCCCCAACAAGAAAAUACCAAAUAAAUUAAAAAUAAAAAAUACCCAAAAAAAAUAUAAUAAAUAAUAAAUAAGAACAAACUGAAGGCAAAAACGCUACGCAACUGAACAAGAAAAAAACAACAACAAAAACAACCAAAAAAAAAAAGUGCAGAAAUUAGAAAUUUUUCAAUCAACAUUUGUUGCCAAUAAAACUGUCAUCAUUGCCGCGUUAACAGAAACCACGGCGUCAGCAGCGAUUGCCGCGCUCAGUAUCAGCAGCAGCUCUCAAGCGUCGCUUGCCGCCAGCGCCACCGCCAACGCAAACAGCGCCGCACCGCCGACAGUUGCAGUCAGCGCCGCCGCCGCCGCCGCCACCGUUGCAGCAGCAGCAGCAGCAAGUCCGUCGCCGCCGUUAACGGUAAAAAGCGAAAUCGUUGCAUCUGAUUCAACAGCCGAGUCCUCCCCUAUACAAGAUUUAAUCAUGCAAAUGCAACUGUUGCAAGCACCGCCGCCCACGCAUCCGCAUCAUCUGCACCUGCAGCAUCCAGCAGCUGCCGCUGCCGCCCAACAACAACAGCAGCAGCACCAACAACAACAACAACAGCAGCAGCAAGCAAUGCUGAUCCAUCAGCAGGCGGCUGCUGCUGCCGUCGCAGCACAACAUCAGCAGCAGCAAGCACACCAGCAACAGCAGCAGCAGCACCAACAGCAAUUCCAACUGCAGCAACAUCAGGCCCAACAGCAACAGGCCGCCGCCGCACAGCAGCAAUAUCACUAUCAGCAGCAGGCUCAGGCACAGGCCAUGUUGCAGACAUAUAUGCAACUGCAGGUUAACAAUGUCGCCGCUGCACCGGCCACGCCCACCAAAUAUGGGUCGGCUGGUGUGCCGCCCGCUGGUGCCGCACAGUAUUUCGCAGCGCCAACCACACCGCUCACAAUCAUACCGGCCUGCAAUGGAGCGGCCGCUGUUGCCGCUGCCGCCAUGUUUGCGACAGCCGCCACGCCCACCUCGGCGGCGACCACUCCGAACAACAAUGUAAGGAUCGAUGAACAAUUUAUCUAUAAACUCAAUCAUUUGCGCGGAAGCGACGAACUUUUGAGUCAAGCAGCAGUCAUGGCGCCCGCCUCUGACAAUAAUAAUCAGGACCUGGCCACAAAGAAGGCCAAGCUGGAUUCGAGCACCGUGCUUGCCGGCGGAAUUGCCAAAGCCUCGAAAGUCAUUCAUUUGCGCAACAUUCCAAACGAAUCUGGUGAAUCGGACGUAGUUGCACUGGGCAUACCGUUUGGACGUGUGACAAAUGUGCUCGUGCUGAAGGGCAAGAAUCAAGCAUUUAUCGAGAUGGCCGACGAGAUAUCCGCCACAUCGAUGGUGUCCUGUUAUACAGUGAAUCCACCACAGAUGCGCGGCCGCAUGGUCUAUGUGCAGUUCUCCAAUCAUCGCGAGCUAAAAACGGAUCAGAGUCAUAAUCAAAACUCUUCGGUGGUGCAGAGCGACUAUCGCAUUCAAUCGCCCGCCGGUGGUUCACCAUUGCCGCUGUGCGCCGCUGCCAAUGCGACCAGCAAUAAUGCCAACAACUCUGGCGACAGCAACUGCAGCACUGUGGCAAUCUUGCAGAACAAUACGAGCGCUGUUAAUGCCUCAGCUGCCGGCAAUAAUACCAAUGCAGCUGGCGGACCCAACACCGUGCUGCGCGUUAUUGUCGAGACACUGAUGUAUCCCGUAUCAUUGGACAUUUUGCAUCAGAUAUUCCAGCGAUUCGGCAAGGUCCUAAAGAUCGUUACCUUCACCAAGAACAAUUCAUUCCAGGCUCUCAUCCAAUAUCCGGAUGCCCAUUCAGCACAACAGGCCAAAUCAAUAUUGGAUGGCCAGAAUAUCUACAAUGGCUGCUGCACUUUGCGCAUUGACAACAGCAAAUUGACCGCCUUGAAUGUGAAAUACAACAAUGAUAAGUCGCGAGACUUUACGAAUCCGGCGCUGCCACCGGGCGAGCCGGGCGUCGAUCUCAUGCCCACCGCCGGCGGCCUAAUGAAUACCAAUGAUCUGCUGUUGAUUGCUGCCCGCCAGCGCCCCUCACUAACAGUCAACGGUCUGGGUGCACCCGGCGUGCUGCCGCCGUUCGCCUUGGGCCUGGGCACACCCCUCACCGGCGGCUACAGCAACGCCCUGCCCAAUCUGGCCGCCUUCUCUCUGGCCAACAGUGGCGCCCUGCAAACAGCCGCGCCAGCGAUGCGCGGCUACUCGAAUGUGCUGCUCGUUUCGAAUUUAAAUGAGGAGAUGGUCACGCCUGAUGCUCUAUUUACCCUCUUUGGUGUAUACGGCGAUGUGCAACGUGUAAAGAUUUUGUACAACAAAAAGGACUCGGCCCUCAUACAAAUGGCAGAGCCGCAGCAAGCUUAUUUGGCCAUGUCUCACCUUGAUAAAUUACGUUUAUGGGGCAAGCCAAUACGUGUCAUGGCCAGCAAACAUCAGGCCGUGCAGCUACCCAAGGAAGGGCAGCCGGACGCGGGCCUCACACGUGACUACUCCCAGAAUCCGUUGCAUCGUUUCAAAAAGCCCGGCAGCAAGAACUAUCAAAACAUCUACCCGCCAUCGGCGACACUGCAUUUAAGUAACAUUCCCUCAUCCUGCACCGAGGAUGACAUCAAAGAAGCCUUCACCUCCAAUAAUUUUGAAGUCAAAGCAUUCAAGUUUUUCCCUAAGGACCGCAAGAUGGCGCUGCUGCAGCUGUCGUCGGUGGAGGAGGCUGUGCUGGCACUAAUCAAAAUGCACAACCAUCAGCUGUCCGAGUCCAACCAUUUGCGCGUGAGCUUCUCCAAGUCGAACAUCUAGAAUCCGACCCGUAGUCAGGUUCAAUGAACUUGACUAAGUGCCAACAGCACCUAUGCAUUACGGCAGCAGUUCUUUUGGCAGCAACAGAUACAAUCUAUAAUUCGUAGUACAAGCGGCGUGCCGGGCAAUCGCCAUCACACCCACUUCAAUUGAGAAGCGUACCCAACCAACCAACCAACCAACCAAUUCAAUUCAAUUCAACUCAACCCAUCAAACCCAAAUCAAACAACAGCAGCAACAAUCGAAGCAAGAGCUCUAGCUACUUAUAUACAAGCAACAAUUUCAAUCUAUCAUUACUGUUUCCAUAACAUAACAAUACGCAAAAGUCUAUCAUAACACUAACAAUGCAGAAAUUCUAAAACUUAAUUAACAACAAGCAAAACUAUAAAAUUAAUUAUUACAAAUGGAGAU